CGACGGAGAGAGACCAAGGCCGAGCAGGAAACGGCGGAUCCAAAGAAUCGCGAGGGAAGCUCCGGAGGCGGUGAAUGGCGCCCUCCUUGCUCGUCUCGGCGAGCCAAAUCCUUGCCGUUGACGGCCGGGGAGGCCGUAGGAGGCGCCUGGUCAUCGCCAAUUCCGGCGGUGCCGGCACUCCCCCGAAACUGGUGACUUUCCUCGGUAAGGGAGGCUCCGGCAAGACCACGGCGGCGGCCCUUGCUGCUCAGUAUUAUGCAAGUGAAGGCCUGAAGACAUGCCUAAUUAUUCAGUCCCAAGACCCAACCGCAGAGCAAUUGAUGGGCUGUAAGAUUGGGAACUCGCUGACUGAAUGUACUGCUAAUCUUUCGACCAUAAAGCUGGAGACUAGUAAAAUGCUACUUGAACCCCUUGAUCGGUUGAAGAAAGUAGAUGCCCAGAGCAAUCUUACUCAAGGAGUCCUUGAAGGGAUUGUAGGAGAGGAGCUUGGAGUCUUACCUGGAAUGGAUUCGAUCUGCUCAGUCUUAUCCCUUCAGAAGCUGCUUAACUUUUUUUCCACUGGAAGGAGUAGUUCACAAGGAGAAUUUGAUGUGGUAGUGUAUGACUGCAAUAAUACCGAGGAAAUUCUACGGCUCAUCGGUGCUACUGAGCGGGCAAGAUCUUACUUGAGGUAUGUGAGGGAGCUAGCAGAGAAGACCGAUGUAGGAAGACUGGCUUCUCCAUCAUUACUAAAACUAAUUUAUGAUGCUGCAAGACCAAAUGGUAGAUCUAGUGAAGUAAGAAUGAGUGCAGAGAUAUGGAAGGAAAUUGAACAACUCCUUGAUCGAGUCUCGCUUUGGUUUGCCGAUCCCUCAAAACUCGCAUGCUUUCUCAUCAUGGAUCCCAGGGGAUCGAUCUCAGUGUCUUCUGCACUAAGAUACUGGGGGUGCACCAUCCAAGCUGGUGCACAAAUAUGUGGAGCGUUUGGUUAUGCUGAAGACCCCUCUCUAAUGCACCAAGAAGUUGCUGAGAAGUUUUUGCCACUGUCUUUCUCAGCUCUGCCGUUUCUGCCAACUGAUUCUUCUGCAGAUUGGGGCAAAGCACUAAAUUCAUUGAGCCAAGAUACGAAGGAUCUAUUGAGGAAUAAAAGCAACCAGAUUUAUCCUUCAGUUAGUUUUGAUACUGUACAGAAGUCUGUAACCCUUUUCAUGCCAGGAUUUGAUAAGUCUGAAAUUAAACUAUACCAGUAUAGAGGUGGCUCAGAGUUACUGAUCGAGGCCGGGGAUCAGAGGCGCGUCAUAAAGCUGCCCCCAGCGAUGCAGGGGAAGGUUGGGGGCGCCAAGUUCAUCGACAGGAACCUUCUUGUUAGCAUCCGGUAGGCGGCAGCAUGCAGGGCGCUCGGUGAUCCACAACUCGGAAGACUGUCUCGGCAGAUCAAACCGAGUACAGUAGCAUUUUACUAAUUCCCCGUUUCAUCUCAUCAUUCGUUUGUAAAACAUGGUGAGAUUUCCACAACUGACAUUAUAAAGAAGGAUGAUAAUCGAUGUAAAAAUAGCUUUGCCGAAAAAAUUACGGAGUACAACCCAGUUACUAGCACAGAAACAACUGCCCCUUUUCGACUGAUGAAGCUCUUUGCAGUUCUCUUGUUUCA